AAAUAGUUUUUCUCUCCCACGUAAAACGAAGACGAGGGUGUGGACACUGGGGACGUAGACAGUCCGCUUCAAACCCUAUCUAACUAACUAUUUCUCACUCGAAUUAUCUAUGCUGUUUGAAUCCAUUGGCUUCAGGCAUCUGGUCUGAAGUCAAAGAAGAAGGGGAGGAAAAAGGGACGGUGGCCAAAGAAGCGUCAACUAACAUUUGUGCCACUGGAUCGCUGUAGUGUAGCUGUACGUCUCCCGUCUUGUCCCUGACUGUAGCUGUUCUCUCCUUUUGAGGGACGAAUGCACUCCAGGCCACCCCUGAAUUCCUUUGGCUGCCUCCCUUCUGUAUUCCAGUUCUCCCACUCCAGUCCCAUCACCGCCUCUCAGUGUAAGUUAACAGAAGAAGCCGAGUGAGCCAUCAUGGAUGAUAUUUUUACCCAGUGCCGGGAAGGCAACGCAGUAGCUGUUCGCCUGUGGUUGGACAACACAGAGAAUGACCUCAAUCAGGGGGAUGACCAUGGCUUCAGUCCUCUCCACUGGGCCUGCAGGGAAGGCCGCUCCAGCGUGGUGGACAUGCUCAUCAUGAGAGGGGCUCGCAUCAACGUCAUGAACAGAGGAGAUGACACGCCCCUGCACCUGGCCUCCAGCCARGGCCACAGAGACAUCGUGGGCAAGCUGAUCCAGUGCAAAGCAGACGUCAACACUGCCAACGAGCACGGCAACACACCGCUGCAUUACGCCUGCUUCUGGGGUCAGGACCCAGUGGCUGAGGACCUGGUGACUAACGGAGCUCAGGUGAACAUCUGUAAUAAGUAUGGAGAAACUCCUCUGGACAAAGCCAAACCUCACCUACGUGAAGCCCUCCAAGAGAAAGCAGAGAAGUUGGGCCAGAGUUUGACUAAGGUCCCCUUCAAGGACACGUUCUGGAAAGGCACCACCAGAACUCGUCCCCGUAACGGCACGUUGAACAAAGCAGCGGGCAUUGACUUCAAACAGCUCUCCCUCCUGGCUAAGAUCAAUGAGAACCAGUCUGGAGAGUUGUGGCACGGACGCUGGCAGGGGAAUGAGGUUGUGGUGAAAGUGUUGAAGGUUCGCGACUGGUCCACCAGAAAGAGCAGAGACUUCAAUGAGGAGUAUCCCAAACUCAGGAUAUUCUCCCACCCCAAUGUGCUACCAAUGUUGGGAGCGUGUCAGUCUCCUCCUGCCCCUCACCCCAUCAUCAUCACACACUGGAUGCCCUAUGGCUCCCUCUAUAACGUGCUUCACCAGGGCACUGACUUUGUGGUUGACCAGACACAGGCGGUGAAGUUUGCUUUGGACAUUGCCUGUGGGAUGGCCUUCCUGCACACGCUCGAGCCCAUGAUCUCUCGACACUCUCUCAACAGCAAGAGUGUCAUGAUUGACGAGGACAUGACAGCCAGGAUCAGCAUGUCAGACGUCAAGUUCUCCUUCCAGUGUCCAGGCAGGAUGUACUCCCCAGCAUGGGUAGCCCCUGAAGCCCUGCAGAAGAAGCCUGAGGAGAUCAACCGGCGGUCAGCAGACAUGUGGAGCUUCGCUGUGUUGCUAUGGGAGCUGGUGACCAGGGAGGUGCCCUUCGCUGACCUCUCCAACAUGGAGAUAGGCAUGAAGGUGGCCCUGGAAGGCCUACGACCCACCAUCCCUCCCGGCAUCUCACCCCACAUCUGCAAGCUCAUGAAGAUCUGUAUGAACGAAGAUCCAGCCAAGAGGCCUAAAUUUGACAUGAUCGUGCCCAUCCUGGAGAAAAUGCAGGACAAGUGAAAACGGCUUUUUUGCUCUGCCUUGAAUUACCCUCCUAAACCCCCAGAUAUCUUGCCCCAGAUAUCAUCCAGAGAUGUGGUGCUUACCAGUAUUGCCUUAGACCUACUCUCACUACUUACCGCUGCCCUCAAUGCCACUGUAACUUAAGCCUCUGAAAACUAAAAUGGCGACCGUCACUUGUUUUAUUCUUGAUUAUGAUUGAUUUUCUUUUUUUUACUUAUCAAGAUGAGUUAUCAGUACUUUCAUCUACGUCACUGUCUCAUCGUGUCCAUGCAGGAGCUAAGAAUUGACUGUUCCGACUUGUGCUCUAAUCAUGUGGACUGAGUACAAGCCUCUAUGACAGAAUAACCUGUGGAGGUCAGGACGACAAUCUGUCUGUUGCACUGGUUCCUUUCUUUACCUCUGGAGGGGGUCUCACUAUCUAGGGUUCAGACACUGUAAAGUGACCUGUAACCUGUUAUUACUGAUUAAUGAAAGCUCUUACGAAAACAUUAUGUUGCUAUAUUAGCCUGAAGCCUGUCUUGUGGAACUGAGUGUGUACUGUAUGGCUGGUUUCCUUUGUUUCAAGGGCAAAUUGUAUGUAUGCAAACAGGAUUAUAGGACUGCUCCUGCUUAGACUAUUUAUCCGACCAAGCAUUUCAAUGUCCAGUAUUCUUCAGGAAGUGCAGGGGAAUGAGCAGAACCACUUUUUACACGUGCUUAGGCGUCCGCAUACUAGGUUCUUGUUGCUCCUAGCAGAACUCGGCUAGGCGACCAUCUGUGCCUCAUACACCCUUAAGACAUUUGCUUGAAAACCAAGAAAAAAGCGGCGAUAUUACUAUUUCUCGCUCUCAGAAGCCGUACAACAACAUAUCCGUAACACUUCCUCAAAAUAUUCAGAAUUAAUAUAAGAUAAAUCAAGAUAUAUGUUUAAUGUUGACCUUUUUGCAGAGGUCUUAGUCGCUCAAUUUUACGUCUAAGAUGUUUGGUGCAGUAUUUCUCAAGUAAAAUAUUUUUGACUGAAAACGUGUCAUCUCGUUGAACGACAACAAGUCAGUGAAGAAUCCCUACUGUUGACCAAUUACCAAUGAAAAUAUGUAAUUUUUAGCUACUAAACUUGCCUCGUCAAAAAUGUGUGCCGAACAGCCGGGAAAAAAACAGAAUGCUGCCGAACACCAAAAUGAACAAAAACAAUCUGACAUGCUUACAUUGAUAGUUUUUAACGUUUCAUCCACUGUAUAUUCUGCCCUCAGAUCAUUGGGAUUUGUUUUCUUCAACUCCCAGCUUUGUUGAAUUCUGUGGCUAUGUUUAUGCGUGUGGCUAUGUUUAUGUCUGAGGCGAUUCCCAACAUUUCACAGGAGAGUGAAGAUGAAGUGGACAAUAAGGGGAUAACAUUAACAUUCUGCAUUGUUGUAGCCCCAUAUGAGUUAUUUCCUUCUUUAUUGACCUAUGUAAUACUUAUUUGUUUUUUAAUAUGCAUUCUUUCUCUGUCCACCAGCUUGCUUAUUUGUGCUGAAUCACCGGGGUAAAAGCCAAGAACGAGCAUGUCUUAUACAAAACUAUGUAAUUUAUAUAUAAGUAUAUUAAAAACAAACAAAAAUAAUUUAUAUAGUCUGAAA